CCACUGGGGAGAUAGACAGGGAGAGGAAGAAUCCAUUCCAUUCCAAGGCACCAACUUACAUGCCCAACUGGUGAUCACAAUUGACAGGAGCUAGCAUAAACCCCCCAUAAGCAGCAAUUUAUCCUCCCGUCUCCUUCAGCCCUCUCACUCUAGCUAGAUUCCAAUUCCAAUUCUCAUCCAAUGGACACUAGCACACAGGCGCAUGCAGCACAUAUAAGUACAGCUUACCCCAUGGCCUCCUCUCAGACACCCAGAUACCAGUACCACAGCUGCAGUGAGCUGCAGUGCUGCACCCUGAAGCCAAUGGUGAAGUUCUCCAAGCAGUUCGAGGGCCAGCUCGUGCCUGAAUGGAAGGAGGCCUUUGUGGACUACUGGCAGCUCAAGAAGGACGUCAAGAACCUGCAGGUCGCCACUGGCGAGGGCGGGGACAAGGCAGCAGCGCCACCGUCGCAGUGGCAGGCACCGGCGGCUGCUAGUCACUGGAUGAUGAGGCUCCCGUUCCUCAAUCCCCACGGCCACCAGAAGGAGAACAACGUCAUACAGGUGCACAGAAAGUUGGCAAGCAGCGGCAACGACGGCGCGGUCGUCGGGGAAGUCUACGAGACGGUGGUUCUGGACACAGCAGGGUUUGCAGGCGCCGAGGCAGAGGCGGCAAGCGCGUUCUUCCAGAGACUGGACGAGCAGCUCAACAAGGUGAACCGAUUCUAUGAGAGGAAGGAGAGGGAGUUCCUGGACCGCGGUGAGUCCCUCAGGCGGCAGCUGCAGAUCCUCGUCGAGCUCAAGGCCGCCGUCACCGAGGCACGUCGGCGCGGGGGCUCGUCAGCAGCAGGGAGUACCGACCAAGAGGACCCAUCGGUCUCUUGCUCUAUUCUGCAUGGAGAUCAAUCCCUCCGAGGCAUUACGGAGCAAGAACAAGAAGGUCAAGAAAAGUUCACCAAAGAUUAUAUUGCAAAGAGCACUGAUGAAGGAGAGGACCAGCUUUCCAUCUCUGGAGGUUUAGGUAACUCGGGAAGGAUUGAUAAGCCAAGAGAAGAAGCUGCCAACAAGAUGAGGACACUCUCAGGAAAGGAGGUCACCUGCCAGGGCAGGAGUGUGAGGAUCAACAUUCCCAUCACCACACCAUCGAGGACUGUCAUCGCCAUCCGUGAACUUCUGUUUGAUGACAUGCUAAGCCAAUCAAGGAAGAUUGGUGGGAUUGGUAGUGAUGGCUGUGAGAAGUUAAGCAUCAACAAGAAAAAGGUGCACCAAGCAGAGAAGAUGAUCAGAGGAGCGCUGGUUGAGCUGUACAAAGGCUUGGGGUACCUCAAGACAUACCGGACCUUGAACAUGGUGGCUUUUGUGAAGAUUUUGAAGAAAUUUGACAAGAUUACAGCGAAGGAAGUGCAGACAACUUACCUGAAAAUAGUGGAGAGCUCCUACUUUAAUAGCUCUGACAAGGCAAUCAGGCUGAUGGACGAUGUCGAGGAGCUGUUUGUGAGACAUUUUGCAACUGGUGACAAAAGGAAAGCAAUGAAGUAUCUGAAGCCAAAUCAAAAAGAAGAAUCACAUGCUACCACAUUUUUCAUAGGACUAUUCACUGGUAGCUUUGUAGCAUUAUUUAUCGGUUACUGUAUCAUGGCGCACAUAGCUGGGAUGUACACUCAGCAGUCAAACAAAGUCUACAUGUCAACAUCCUAUCCUGUCCUUAGCAUGUUCAGCCUCUUGUUCCUGCAUCUCUUCGUCUACGGAUGUAACAUCUUCAUGUGGAGAAAGACACGCAUAAACUACACAUUCAUAUUCGAAUUCACACCUACCAAAGAGCUUAAGUAUCGUGAUGUGUUUUUGAUAUGCACUACCUCUAUGACGAUUAUUAUUGGUGUCAUGUUUGCACACCUGACACUCAUUGUCAAAGGGUAUUCUUCAAGUGCAGUCCAAGCAAUCCCAGGAUGCCUACUUCUGGUUUUCACAUUAAUAUUGGUCUGCCCUUUCAAAAUCCUCUACCGAUCAAGUCGUUAUCAAUUCUUAAGAGCAAUCAGGAACAUCAUUCUAACCCCCUUUUACAAGGUUGUCAUGGUCGAUUUCUUCAUGGCUGAUCAGCUUUGUAGCCAGGUACCACUUCUUAGGAGCCUGGAGUACCUGGCAUGCUAUUACAUAACCAGCAGCUAUAAGACACAAGACUAUGGAUACUGCACAAGAGUGAAACAUUUUCGAGAUUUGGCUUAUGCAGUAUCCUUCCUGCCGUACUACUGGAGAGCUAUGCAGUGUGCAAGGAGAUGGUUUGACGAAGGGGAUAUAAACCACAUUGUCAACCUUGGGAAGUAUGUGUCAGCGAUGCUUGCUGCAGGAACAAAAGUCGCAUAUGAGAAUGAUAACAGUGCUGGAUGGCUGUCACUAGUCGUAAUCGUGUCAAGUAUCGCCACUAUCUACCAACUCUACUGGGACUUUGUCAAGGACUGGGGCCUUCUACAGUUUAACUCCAAGAACCCUUGGCUUCGUAACGAUCUGAUACUUAAACAAAAAUACAUUUAUUUCAUAUCCAUGGGUUUGAACCUUCUUCUGAGGCUUGCUUGGCUUCAAACUGUCAUCCACCCUAACAUUGGAAGCCUGGACUCAAGAGUGACUCUGUUCUUUUUGGCAGCUCUUGAGGUGAUUCGACGAGGCCAUUGGAACUUCUACAGGUUGGAGAACGAACACCUAAACAAUGCAGGCAAGUUCAGAGCUGUGAAGGUUGUUCCACUCCCCUUUCAUGAAGUCGAAGAGGACUAACAGCAUGGGGUGUCACUGCAGCAGAUUCUAGGGUUGCAGAACUCCUAAAACAGUUCAGAUGUAUCACCAACUAAUGUUAGAAAUCAUGCAUUACACUACUAUAAUUCGAUUCAUUUUUGGUGUGACAAAUAUAGCGCCUUCAAACGUUCGGUUUGGAGAAGUGAUAUGCAAAUAAUUACACUACAUAAAGUGAACACAUUAGUCCCAAUUAGUUCUCAAUGUAAGAAUUGGUACUGAUAACAUGUAAGCCGAAGUCAGAUCACUUCAUGAGAACAUCCAAGUAAUAGUUGCUCUACAGUUCUCUUUUGCCUGUUCCACCCAUCUUGUAAUUUGGAUAUCUGGGAAAUGUAAUUACAUCUUGUUACUGGUA